AUGGACGAUUUACUAUCCGCGGCCCUGUGCGAAUCGGGCCUCGGUGAGUUUUUAUGUCAAACUUCGCCUGCGCCAAGUACAUCUGGUAGUUGUCACGAUGAAACAAGUCGAGAUGCUCCACCGCAACCAACACAAACUACAACCACAACAACAUCAACACAUUUCGAUGAUAUUGAUGAUGCGGCGAUUUAUGAAGAUUUUUUCCCGUCUGGAAGUAAAUCGAUUCCUCCGCCUGUUGAAUGUAUGGUUAUUCCGAGGAAACAACCACCGGAAGGGAAUAUGGCUGUUGUCAAAGAUGAAAGACCACCAAAAAUUGAAAAGGAAGAUUUGAAAAAAGAGGUGAAGGAAGAGGAAAAGGAUGUUGGAGAUGGUAUUGUGAAGAGAGAAAUUGAAGAUGUUAAGCCGUUGCAUGUUCAAGUUACGAGAACUUCGAAUGAGUGAGUUUUGGUUUUGGGAGAAUUUAAAAGAAACAUAGGGGCUCACAAAAUUUAGUUUUGAGUUGUUAAGUUGGUUUUAGGUUGUCCUGAACAUAAAGGUGUCUUUGGUUGUGGAUUUGACCGGUUUCUCGGCCCAACCUGGACAAAAGCCAAAAAUCUUGAACCUGUUCGGAAAUCCUAAAAAAUUACUCACCAUGAAAAAAACCCUACCCUCAGAUUAAUCCCCAAAAAUAUCUUCAAAAAUAAUUUUCAGAAAUUCGUGUUCACCAUCGCCUCGAAUUUUAACUGCAACAUCACAAAGAAGUAUGACAUCAUCGCCAGCUUCUUCAUCAACAUUUUCCAACAAUUCUCAACAACCUUCGCCAGCUCCAUCUUCUUCCACAAAAGUUUCACCAAUUGGACCGAUAAUCAAAAGAACAAUCCAUACUCGAAACGGAAUUCAGACGCAAUAUUUGAAACCGUAUAUUAAUGUGAGUUUUUUUCUGCAUUCGUGAGGAUUUUGUUCAAAUAAGUUUUUUUUGCAGGCGGAAGGUCAGAAAAUCUAUAGAGCAUUGAGUACAGCUCCUCCAAAUGUUGCUUCUGGUCAAGCAUCUCCGAAUACAGUAAUUUCUCCUGCAUCAAGAGGUACUGUAACAGUUCGAGGGACUCCACGUCAACAGAUAGCUACCAGAACAAUUCAUAAUCCUGCGAUUCAACCACAAAAUGGGGAACGCAUUGUUAUGGUUCGACAAGAAGGUCCAAAUGGUCAACAAGUUCUUGUUAAAAAAGUGUUGAGUAAUGCUCCAUUCGAUCCUGCUCGACGCGGCGGAACUAUAAUACGUGGAAAUUCGCAAAGAGGAACGACGAAUUUGAUAAUUCGAAAUGGUAAUGGAAGAGGAACAACAAUUCAAACACAAGCAACUCAACCAAAUUAUCGAGUAACUAAUUUGGUUGGAAGAACAACUGGUGGAGCAACUAUGAUGAAUCAUCAAUUGACGAGAAUAACUGGAAGAGGAGCUGGAAUGAUUGGAAGAGGAGGUGUUCGAUAUACAACAACUCGAUCUGAUUCACCACUUCAUUUCUCACAAUCAUCACCCACUUUUCAAUAUUUGGAUCAAACUGAUGGUUCGAGCUCACCUUAUCAACCUCCAGGAAAUGGACGAAUUAUGCAAAGAGGAAGAAUGGCUGCUGGUUUUGAUAUGUCAGAUCGACAAAGACUUAUGUUAGCAACAUCUUCGACGAUAAGACAACCUGGAUCGGGUUUAGCAUCGCCAAGAAUUGUAACACCACAAUUUUCACCAUUGACUUCUGCGGUUAUUUCACAACAACCUGCGAUUUUAACAAAAAGUCAGAAAGCGAAAGAUGAAAUGAAGAUGGCAUAUCAAAUGGGAAAAGAAGAAGCAAUGGUACAACGGAAAAAUGAUAUGGAUGAUGAUGUUAGUUUUGCUUUUUUUUUAUUUGGCAUGUUCUGUAAACUUUUGUCAAAAGUCUUUCGAUCUUCAUUUAUUUAUUUUUUGUAGGAUGAAAAUCUUGGAUACGCCGAAACUUAUUCGGAAUAUACACCGGCUAAACUUCGAUCUGGAAUGGCACAUCCUGACAGUGUUGUUGAAUCAGCUUCUUUAAGUAGUGUUGCACCUCCUGAUGUUAGAUAUCAGAUUUCAAUUCCAGAAUAUGUGAGUUUAAAAAAAUCAAUCACAUUUAUCACCAGAAAAUUAAUUUUUAGCUAAUUGAUAUGGGACAUAUUUCGGCUCUUCAACUUGAAGCUGUUAUUUAUGCUUGUCAAAUGCACGAAAAAAGAAUGCCUUCUGGUGAAAGAUAUGGUUAUUUAAUUGGAGAUGGAGCUGGAGUUGGGAAAGGUCGAACGGUUUCAUGCAUCAUUUUUGAAAACUAUUUGCAAGGUCGAAAACGAGCAAUUUGGCUGUCGGUUAGUUCGGAUUUGAAAUUUGAUGCGGAAAGAGAUUUGAGAGAUGUUGGAGCGCCGAAUAUUGCUGUGCAUGCAUUGAACAAAAUGAAAUAUGCAAAAAUAUCUGGAAAAGAGAAUGGAUCAAUUAAGAAAGGUGUUAUUUUUGCGACGUAUACUUCGUUGAUUGGAGAAUGUCGAGGUGCGAAAUCGAAAAAAUAUCGAAGUAGAAUAAAACAAUUGAUUCAAUGGUUUGGAACUGUGAGUUAUUUUUGAAUGGGGGAAUUUUGAAAAAAAAAAGUUAUUUUCUGCCAAUUUUUAGACCAAUCAAUAUUUUUAAAACUAUAUUCUUGGAAAAAUUCCAAAGUUUCCACACAGGAAAUUUGGAAAAAUAAGAAACUUGAGACAAUUUUUAUCUCAAGAAGGACUAGGUCCGAUUUUUUGAGAAAAAUUCUAAAUUUUUGAAAAUGUUCGAUCCGGGCACCCAAAAUAUCGACUUUUUGGGGGCUCGAUUUCUACUAACUUUUUUUUUUAAUUUUUUCCCGAAUUUUUAUCCCAAAUUCAGUUUUUUCUGAAACUCUCAAAUUUAUUUUUCUUUUUGGAUAAAAUUAAAAAAAAUGAAAAGUUUUCUUGGAAAGUUCUUCGAAAAGUCGCCCUUCAUAUGUUUUCCCCAAAACUCAACUCAUUUUUCCACAGGAUUACGAUGGUGUGAUCAUUUUGGAUGAAUGUCAUCGAGCAAAAAAUUUGGUUCCAACCGCUGGCGCCAAACCAACAAAAACAGGUCGAAUGGUUCUCGAACUACAAAAAGCAUUACCAAAUGCCCGUGUUGUUUAUGCUUCUGCGACCGGAGCAACUGAACCAAGAAAUAUGGCAUAUAUGACAAGACUCGGAUUGUGGGGUGAAAGACAAGCAUUCCCAGAGUUCGGUGAUUUCAUAACAGCUGUUGAAAGAAGAGGAGUUGGUGCGAUGGAAAUUGUUGCGAUGGAUAUGAAACAAAGAGGAUUGUAUUUAGCAAGACAAUUAUCAUUCCGUGGUGUUUCGUUUGCUGUUCAAGAAGUUCAAUUAUCUGCGGAUUUUGUGAAAGUUUAUGAUGAUGCAGUUAAAUUGUGGAUGGAAGUGAGAAGACAAUUCCAAACAGUUCUUGAAAAUAUGGAUGAAGAAGAUCGAUCACAAUGUAAAACUGUUUGGGGACAAUUUUGGGCGUGUCAUCAAAGAUUCUUCAAAUAUUUGUGUAUUGCCGCGAAAGUUGAUACAUGUGUUCGAUUAACCAGAGAAUCAAUAAAAGCCAAGAAAUGUGUUGUAAUUGGACUUCAAUCAACUGGAGAAUCUGCGACACUCGAAACAUUGGAAGAAAUGGGAGGAGAAUUGAAUGAAUUUGUAUCCACAGCAAAGUAAGCUUUUUUCUGAAUAUCUUUAAUUUAUUCCCUGUUAUUUUCAGAACUGUUAUGUAUGGCUUGAUCGAUAAACAUUUUCCAACUGAAGGCGGUUCACAUCGAGACAUGUUUGAUGAUUUAGAUUUUGGAGAGCGACCGGCUAAAAGAAGGAAAAAUCAUCAAGAUACUCUCAGUUUUUUGGGUGAUUACGGUAGUUGGACUGGAGCCACAGUUGGAAUGAGCGGAAAAGUUGGACAAUCAUCGAAAAAUAAUGAGGAUAAUUCGACAACAUCUGAAUCAAGUGAUGAUGAUAAAUCGAUUAUGAGUGAAGAUGAAGAGAAAUCAUGGGAUUCGGCGAGAGAAGAAGCUGAAGGAGCAAGAACAUUAGGUUUGGAAAGAAUUUAGAGUUUUUGAGUUAUUUAUAAUCAUAAAUAUUUAGAUGAUUGUGAGGAGGAUGAAUGGGUUAAGGCUUUGCUUGCUGAAGCGGAAUCUUCGAGUGAUUCUGAUGAAGAAGAGGAAGAUGGAAAUGGAGAAGAUGAGGAUAGUAGACAGCCGCCAUUGAAUGAUACAAAAGAGGAAAAUGAAGAGGAAUUUAAUCCAUUUAUGUGUGAUUUCACCAAUAAUGGUUAGUUUUUUUUGGGAAAUUUCACUCUGAAAUUGUCUAAAAAUCAUUUUCAAAAUAUUUCACCACCAAUUUCGACGAAAAAAUGCACGAAAUUGUUUUUUAGACAAAAAUUGACCAAAUUCUGAACAUAUUUUGGUCAAAACAGUGAAUUUGUUUCAAAUUUUUUGGACGAUUUCGGGGAAAAAUUAUUCUGUAACUGAUUUCUGAACGAUUUUUGUUUGAAAAUAAUUUUUAGAAUUUUCAAAAUGUAUCUAAUUCAUAACCCAAAAUAACACUUUUCUUCAGAUCCAUGGGCAAACAAGCAACAAAUCGUUGAAGAAAAACCUGAAAAAGCCGUGAAAUCAACUACCAAAAAGCGAAAACGUGUGGAAGAAGUUGAAAGUGAAGAAAUGAAAGAAAGACGGAAAAAACGAGAAGAAAGACGAGAAAAGAAGUUGAGAAGAGCUAAAAGAAAGGCUGAAAGAGAAGAGAAAAGAAGACAGGAAGCUUUGCAAUCGGUAAGUUAUUAUAAUUAAUUUCAAUAAAGUUAGAAGUUCAAAAGUUUUAAUUUUUAGCGGGGAAAUGCGAAUGAUUUUAUAACAUCUUCUCGACUUUGUGGAGCUGGUGAUGAUGAUAAAUCGAAUAUCAAUCCAAUGUUGAUUAAAACUGAAUUGUUGGCUGCGGUUGAAAGAUUGGCUCCUUCAUUACCUGCAAAUACUUUGGAUCAAUUGAUUGAUGAAUUAGGUGGACCGGAAUAUGUUGCUGAAAUGACUGGAAGAAGAGGACAUAUGGUGACUAAUGAAAAUGGAGAUGUAAUGUAUGAAAGAAGAAAUGCAAAUGCUGAAGUAUCACUUGAAUUGAUUAAUAUGGAAGAGAAGGAAAAGUUUAUGAGAGGCGAGAAAUUGAUUGCGAUCAUUUCGGAAGCGGCGAGUAGUGGAAUUUCAUUGCAAUCUGAUCGAAGAGCAAUUAAUAAAAGAAGACGAGUUCAUAUUACUUUGGAAUUACCAUGGAGUGCUGAUAAAGCUAUUCAACAAUUUGGAAGAACUCAUAGAUCGAAUCAAGUUAGUGGACCAGAAUAUGUGUUUUUGAUUUCGGAAUUGGCUGGAGAAAAAAGGUUUGUCAAAUAUUUUGAAAAGGUUCUCUAAAUAUUGGCAUAAUUCAAUUUUCAGAUUUGCAUCAGUUGUUGCCAAACGUCUUGAAUCACUUGGUGCAUUGACUCACGGAGAUCGACGUGCCACUGAAACUCGUGAUUUGUCACAAUUCAAUAUGGAUAAUAAAUAUGGUCGUGUUGCUUUGGAUGUUUUACUCAAAACUGUCAUCGGACAAAAUAAUCCACCGCUUAUUGAACCACCGAAAGAUUAUAAGGCUGGAGACUUUUUCGAAGGUUAGUAUUUUUUGCUGGAGUUUUUUGGACCAGAAAAAAUUGUAUUUUUGAAAAUUAAAAUUCUUUAAUGGUGUAGGAUAACGUGAAUCUUUUUAUUUUAACCCUAAAUCGCUGUGAGACCCAUUACGCGCCUUUAAAACAUUCAAAUUUUUCGUGAUGAAACUUAUACCAUCUUGUAGAUUACAGUAUCUUCCGAUUUUAAAGCUGGAAAAGAAAAUCCCUUCAAGUUCCUCUUUCUUUUUUCGAUUUAUUUUCCUUUUCCCUCUCAAAAACGUCAUAUUCUUCCUUGUUUGAAUUGAACAAAGACACUUACUUAAGAUGAAUCGAAUAAACAUAUUUUUGCAGAGUUUUUAUGAAUAGAAUAAUUUAAUCAUAACACAAUCCAAGAUCCAAAACAUUUUUUUGCAGAUAUGCGACUUUAUAUGGAAGGUGUUGGUCUUUUGUCUCGAAACAAAGCAAAUGGUCAAUAUAUCAUUGAAAAGGAAGCGGCCACAAUUCCAAAGUUUUUGAAUAGAAUUCUUGGUUUACCAGUUCAUGCACAAAAUGCUCUUUUUGUUUAUUUCUCGGAAAUUGUUGCUGAAUUGAUUGCACAAUCGAAACAUGAUGGAACUUAUGAUACGGGAAUUAUGGAUUUGGGAACUGGAGAUGAUCAAGUUCGAAAACUUGAAACUAGAUUCUUUUCGGGGCGAGCUGAUAAUGGAAGUUUCCGCGUUGAGAUUCAUAAAAUUGGAGUUGAAAGAGGUGUUAGCUGGGAAGAAGCUCUUGGUUUAUAUAAAGAUCAUAAUACCGAUGAAGAUGGAUUUUAUGUUUGUCAACCUGGAGUAAAUGGAAGUGGAAGAAAAGUUGCUGCAUUAAUUUAUGGAAUCGGAAAAGUUCGAAUGGAUAAUGGUGCAAGACUUUAUGCAAUCACAAGACCAUCGACUGGAAGAUCACCGAAAUUGAUGAUUAUGGCGGAUUUGAAAAAGCGGUUCAGCAAGGUUACGGUGGAUGAAGCUAAAUCGAUUUGGGAAGCACAAUAUGAUGGUGAGUAUUGAAAUUUAUUUGAAAAGUUAUAUGAGGCAACUUGAAAUUACAGGAUUGCAAAAUUUUUCGGACAAAAAUUAUUGAAACAAUUUUUGGAAAUUUUUAUGAAAAUUUCUGAAACUUGAGAAAAAAUUCAGAUUUUUUGCACAUUGUUUGAAGUUAAGGAAUUCUAAAUUUUCAUUAUUUCUAGGCGCUGCUAAUAUGUGCCAACACAAUUAUAUCUAUGGAAAAUGUCGAACUGAAGCCGGCGGAACAUAUUGUGAAGUUGGACGAAGAACUCGAACAUAUUUCGUAUUAUCCGGAUCUGUUUUGUCAGUUUGGCCGAUUGUUGAAGAAGUCCUAUCUGGAAAUGAUAGAAAAUCAUCAAGAAUGCAAGUUAUUCGAGUGAGAACCGAGCAAGAUCAAAAAAUUGUUGGUAUGUAUUUUUCUUCGCUGAAAAUGAAAGUAUUUUUCCUAACAUAAAUUUUGUGUUUAGGUCUCCUUGUUUUGCCAAAUCAUGUUCGAACAUUGGUUCAACAACUCGAAGGACAUUGUGGUCGAAGUGUCGUCAAAACUGACGAAAAUUAG